GACUGGGGCAAUUACAGAAAUCUCCGAAAUCGAAUCAACAAUAAAGUGAAAACCACUGAGGCAUCCUAUUAUCACAAUAGUUCUAUUCAAUCCGAAGGAAAUGCCCGAAGGACUUGGAAACCUGCUUGGAAAACUAUAGUAACAACCUCAUGUCUCGUCGUCAGAGCAACCAGAUAGUAAAGGAUGUGAAAGUAAAUGACAUCUCUAUCUGUAACUGUAACGAGAUUUCCAACGCCUUUAACGAACACUUUUCAACUAUUGGGCCCAGACUAGCCCGCGAAAUACCUUUAACUUCCGACGAGGAGUCUCAGGGGCAUCCAACGAGAAUAUGGCUCAAAACCACUUAAACAUAGCAUUGUUAAACGUAUUUUAAUAUUUAAACGGUAGAUAUAGGCAUAUUUUCACCCCCUAAAAAUUUUUCAUCUGUUCGGAUUCCCUAGCUGAGAGUCUAGUGAUUCGAAAAUUAUAGGGAUCAAAACUUACCUUCUCGAAAAUUUCAGCCAAAUAAAAGGCUCCCGAAAAUUCUAGAUGAUCUUUUUAGGGUAAAAAUCUGGCUAUAAAAAUGGGCAAUUAUACCAGUUUUUAGAUGUUCGAAAAUCCUAGGAGAGGCAGGCAAGCAAGAAAUUUUACAACAAAUGUUCCGGGAUUCUAUUCAUUUAAAAAAUAUUACUGAAAAUUACAACAAAUUCUGCUUUCGCCCAACUACUACCAGUGAUGUCUUUACCCAUACAACUUCUUAAAUAGUGAAGAAAUCAUCUCUAAACAACAAUCUGGUUUCCGGUCUCUACACUCAACUGUUACUGCACUCAUUUAGAAGCCACUGACAGUUGGGCGUUUAAUAUCGAUCGUGGCUACGUCAAUGCUGUAGUGUUUCUCGACUUAAAAAAAGGCAUUCGACACUGUUGAUCAUAAGAUAUUACUAACUCAAAUGAAUCGGUGUGGGAUUCAAGGUAAAACUCUUGGUUGGUUUAAAUCGUAUUUGACGAAUCGCACAAAGCGGUGCUCAGUUAACGGUUGUCUCUCUGACCUCACCACUCUAAAUGUGGUGUGCCACAGGGAAUGAUCCUUGGCCCUCUUUUAAAUCUAAUUUAUAUUGAUCGGCUCCAGGCAAAGAUUAAGUACUCUAUCUGAUAUACUCGAACUUUCGAUUGAUAAUGUUCCGAUUGAACAAGUUCCCUCUGUGAAAUCACUUGGACUGAUGGCAUUUCCCAAUUGAUAAACUGUGUAAAAAGAUCGCUUCUGCAAUUGGAGCCAUAAAGCGAGUUAAGCCAUUUGUGCCUCAAUCCACCCUAAUCAAUAUAUACAACUCACAAAAAAAUUUAAAUUUGCGACUACUUCAUGUCCCCUUUAUGAUGAUAUAUUGGGAGGCUCGUGAUCGACCCAGGCCAACUCGCUGGACCUGCAAUUGGACUCGCAAUCCGGCUGUUCCGGGUUCGAGUCCCGCUCAGACCACUUUAUGGAUUUGGUCUUAGUCGUUCCGAGUUCAAAUACUCGUCUACACUUAUAAAUAGCCGACUGGUUUCCUCCUAGCAGUUGAGGUUUUUCAUCCUUUUAUGUUUUAACUUCGACGUAGAUGUCGAUUCCUUGUUUCACAAAUUCAGCUGGAAAGACUUGAAAUCUCAAGGUCAAAUUCAGAACUCCUUAAAGGUUUUCAAGUCUUUAAACGGGCUGGUUCCCGAAUAUCUCACGUCUAAAUUUAUAAAGCGAAAUGAAUCAAACUAUUCUCUGAGGGACACGGUAAACAAACUUGUUGUCCCCUUUCCAAGAACUAACUACAUGAAAAAUAGUUUUAGUUACAGCGGCGCAACCCUUUGGAACAGCUUGCCCUGUAAUAUUAGAGAGUCUGGUUCAUUAAAUCAAUUUAAACGCCUU